AGGGCUUUAUUGAGAUAAGAUAUCAGUGGAAGUCAAAAAAGAAUUUAAUGUUAAAGAGUUUCUUCUCUCUAAUUUCAUUUCAUUUCUCUUUUUUUUUUUCUUUUUCUUCUUUCUCUCUCUCACCAUCACAUAGAACACAGAAGAAUCCAUGGCUGCUUCUUCAUCCUCCGCUGCUUCCUUCUUUGGAGUCCGACAAGAUGACCAAUCUCACCUCCUCCCACCUAAUUCCUCCGCCGCUGCUCCUCCUCCUCCACCUCCUCACCACCAGGCACCGCUGCCACCGCUUGAAGCUCCACCGCAGAAAAAGAAGAGAAACCAACCAAGAACUCCAAAUUCCGAUGCGGAAGUGAUAGCUUUAUCUCCAAAGACACUAAUGGCUACAAACAGAUUCAUAUGUGAAGUAUGCAACAAAGGGUUUCAAAGAGAACAGAAUCUACAACUUCACCGAAGAGGACACAAUCUUCCAUGGAAGCUCAAACAGAAAUCGACCAAAGAAGUGAAGAGAAAAGUGUAUCUUUGUCCGGAGCCCUCGUGCGUCCACCAUGACCCGUCACGUGCUCUCGGAGACCUCACCGGAAUCAAGAAACAUUAUUACCGUAAACACGGUGAAAAGAAGUGGAAAUGCGAUAAAUGCUCUAAGCGUUACGCUGUUCAAUCGGAUUGGAAAGCUCACUCCAAGACUUGUGGUACCAAAGAGUAUCGUUGUGACUGUGGUACACUCUUCUCUCGGCGAGACAGUUUCAUCACACAUAGAGCUUUCUGUGACGCGUUGGCUCAAGAGAGUGCGAGACACCCAACUUCAUUGACUUCUUUGCCAAGUCAUCACUUCCCGUACGGACAAAACACAAACAACUCCAACAACAACGCUUCAAGCAUGAUCCUUGGUCUGUCCCACAUGGGGGCCCCACAGAAUCUUGAUCACCAGCCCGGUGACGUUCUCCGUCUUGGAAGCGGAGGAGGAGGAGGAGGAGCCGCUUCACGCUCUUCUUCUGAUCUCAUUGCUGCGAAUGCUUCAGGCUACUUCAUGCAAGAGCAAAACCCUAGCUUUCAUGAUCAACAAGAUCAUCAUCAUCAUCAUCAACAAGGGUUUUUGGCUGGGAACAAUAACAUCAAGCAAUCACCAAUGAGUUUUCAACAGAAUCUGAUGCAGUUCUCACAUGAUAACCAUAAUUCUGCUCCCUCCAAUGUCUUCAAUCUCAGCUUCCUCUCCGGAAACAACGGAGUUACUUCUGCCACAAGUAACCCUAAUGCUGCCGCCGCUGCUGCUGUUUCUUCUGGUAAUCUUAUGAUAUCAAACCAUUAUGAUGGCGAAAAUGCUGUUGGAGGAGGAGGAGAAGGAAGCACUGGUCUCUUCCCUAACAAUCUGAUGAGCUCGGCAGAUAGAAUUAGCUCAGGAUCAGUCCCUUCACUCUUUAGCUCAUCAAUGCAAAGUCCAAAUUCAGCACCUCACAUGUCAGCCACUGCCCUUCUACAGAAAGCUGCUCAAAUGGGUUCAACCUCAAGCAACAACAACAACGGAAGCAACACCAACAACAAUAACAAUGCCUCAUCGAUCCUAAGAAGCUUUGGGAGUGGAAUCUACGGAGAAAAUGAGAGUAAUCUUCAGGAUUUGAUGAAUUCUUUCUCUAACCCCGGCGCAACGGGAAACGUUAACGGAGUUGAUUCUCCUUUUGGUUCGUACGGAGGAGUGAACAAAGGAUUAAGCGCUGACAAACAGAGCAUGACUAGAGACUUUCUUGGAGUUGGACAGAUCGUAAAAAGCAUGAGUGGAAGCGGAGGGUUUCAACAACAGCAACAACAGCAACAGCAGCAACAACAACAACAACAACAUGGAAAUAGUAGAGAAAGAGUUGGCUCGUCGUCGGAUUCCGCUGAUAGAAGCAGCAUGAAUGUGAAUACCGGAGGUGGUCCGGCAAGUACUUCACCACCUUAUGGAAUCCAUCAUGCGAGUUUCUAAGAAGAUAAAAGAAGUUUCUAAGGAGAAAUUUUAAAAAAGGUUUUUAGUUCAUCAAAGUACAUGCUAUAUCUUUCAGUCAAUGAGUUGGAGAGUACAAGCAGCCUUUGCUAAGUUUUUAUUUGUCUUUUUGUUUUCAUUUUCUUUUAUUUGCCUUUUUAUUCUUUAAUUUCUUUUCAUUUGUCAUCUUCACUAGCUGGCAAUGUCACGAGUGUUUGUCCUGUGAUCUCCUUUCUAAAUAUCUCGAUACAUGUAUACAUAUACAUGUCACAUAGGUGUCACAUGUGCAUAUAUUUAUGCAUUUGUAUAGUUCUGUAUGUAACAUGUUCCUACCAUAUCCUCAAAGGAUUGUCCCCAUCAUAUUUUAAAUUUGACGGUCCAAAAUAAACAAUUCUGUCUCAACAUUCACGCGUCUUCAUUAUUGAUGCUAAUUUGCGGUUAAAAGUUGUAGCAUCAAUUGAAACUGCAUCUAAGGGACAUACAUGCAAGUGAUGGAAGUAAGGAGGCCCAUCGACAUGAAACGAGAGGGAGAGAUUAUAUCGUUGUCUCACCAAAAACAGACAGCUCUUCUCUCAUCUUCUUAAUUUCCCCUGUUUCUUUUUCUGUUCUAAAAUUGUUUUGCUUAUAACCUAUUUUUUUCUUGGUUAAAUAAUCCAUGUAGAGAAAGUAGAUUUUUACCAUCAACGACACCCUGCUUUAAAAUUAAAAGCGUAAAUUUGUUAUAUUUUAUCGUUCAAUUCUAUCUUUUGUAAACUAAUG